AUGAUACAACCAAGUUAUUUAGUUACGUGUGUCUGUACUAUAUUGUAUCUGAUACAAGUGAGCCAUUGUGGUUCAGGAACGCAGUUCGCAUCUCACGUGAGCAUCAAUACGCCCGCCCGUAGCUUCUCUCAUGGAGUCGGUGAUCCGAUAGCGUUAUUGGAACGACGAGCUUAUCAACGAAUGCAAAAUCCACCGAUAAAGAGAUUAAGGAGACCAACAACGCAAUCUAGUGGUUAUCCUCGGGAAAAGCCAGCUAUACCGUUCCAAGUUGAAGAAGUAAGCCAUGGUAACAAGAUCGGUACACCAUGGCGAUUCAAUAAUUUUGACAGUGCCCAAAUACAAAUACUGCCACCUUCUCCAUAUAAGGUGGACUCUCCUGAUCCUGAGUCGCUUUGGCCUAUCGGGCUAUUUAUACCACCAUUGAAUCCACCACGGAUCGGUUCACGUCGUUCUGAUACGGGCAAAAAUGAUAAAGAUGAAGAGGACCCUUACUUAUUGGAAGGUUCGGAAGCAGUAGCGGCUGUUGUUAAAGCUAAACAUCAUGGUGAAUUGUACUUCCAUGACAUACCUCACAUACCAUCACUUUUGGCAAACCAAGACCUCAGGAUUAAAAACAAUUUAGAACCACACAGGAUUGCAAGCAUACGUAAAACCUGGCCAUUUAACAGGCCU